AUGCCUAUUUGCGGUGAACAUACUGCCGAUCCGUCUUCUGUACAGUCGACAAGAAAUGAAAUUACGUCACCGGUCAACGAGGCAGGUUCUAAUGAGGUGCUCGAACCGAAAUCUGCUAUCGAUGUUGCCCUUGAACUUAUAGCUCGAGCAGAAGUGGAAGCUGUAGAAGCAGCUAGAAUAGCUGCGCUUAAUAAACCAAAACCACGUGGUCGACCGCCUCUCCACCGAAAAAUUGCUAGUUCUCCUCAAUUUACUUCUAACUGUAGAUCUGAUGGAAAUCAAGGCACGAGCAACGAUCUGGUGACUGAAACGCCAAAGCUAGUUCCGCAGAAGAACCUUAAUGAGGCACAGCAGGACGGACUCGCACAACUGGACCUUUCAUCAAUUCUGCCAAAACGAGCCGCUCCUCCGUUCCCGACGACAGUCCCUCUUCCAAUUCUUAAAGACCAUUUGGAAGUAGAGGCUGCACCUCGUGCUGUACCUCCCAGCGUAGAAUUGUCACUAUUUGGAGGAGAAGAUAUUGCGGAACCAGAGUCGGCCGAUUUCGACAAAAUGGUGCUUCUUAAUUAUGGCAGUACCGACGGUCGACUGGAGGACGAAGAAGAACCCAGUUCUGCGUCCGAGUUGAGUAGUCAGAAAGGAAUACUUCCAGCACGAAAAGAGUUGAAGUUCAAGGACAAAAAAGCUGAAGAAGAAGCAGCUGCAGUGCAACGUAUUUUAGAAGAAGUAUGUCCUUUAUCGUCCUUUCGAGAGCGAUCUUCCUCAUCAGGAACUCCCAAUAAAGAAGCGGACGAAGAUCCUGCGUCUUCUUCAAACCCUCGAAAGCGCAAGCCCUAUAAGAAGAAGGCGAGGGGAAGACCAAAGAAAAUCCCCAAGGAAGCGAUUGAGGACUUGCCUACCCCUCAAAAAACUGGACGACCUCGUGGGCGGCCGAAAAAGAACGGCGCAGAUUCUAAAUUGGAUAAUAAAUCAAUGGAAAAAAAACAGCAUGACCGACACAGAGGACGCCCACGUCGUGCUGCAUCUAUGAUACAAGAUUUUCUGGAGUUAUACGCUAAAGUGGAUUUGGCUGAUCUUGAAGAAGUUCAUGCACGGGCGACUACGUUUGUAAGGAUGUUGAUAGACGAGUACGCUGUACCUUCUAACACAUCACCACGUAAAGAAGAUAGUCGAAGUUCUUCGUAUGAAGGAAACGCUCCUGGUGAUUCAGCGAAGAGAAAACGUGAGGCUAAUGGCUCAGAUCAGUACGUAGCUAACCAUUCACCGAAACUUGAAGAAAUGGAUGUAUCGGUAGAUGCAUGCACAAUGGAUGAUGAGGAAAGCGGUGAUGAGGCAGGCAGUUCAGGAGAGGAUAUGGGUGAACUGGAUUACGAAAGUAAUUCGGACGCCAACGAAGACUUCGAAGAUGAUACAAGAGCCGAUCGACGCAAUGGGGCAAGGGUAGUGCUCCCAGAUAAUUUUAUUGAUGCUAUUCCUGUUCUUAGAGGAGCCGCUUUACAACCUCUACCUACUACAGCUGAUUCAGCGCUAAGAUAG